AUGGGUCAAAAAGAGAAGGAAAAAAAAAAAAGCAGCAGCAGCAGGACAUUAUACUUUUUCAAGAGCGACUCGUCUGCGUUAACUAAAAUAUCCAAUAAAGGAUUGCCCAUGCAAAAAAAGAGACAAAAUGACGAGUUCAUGGGGGUCAACCGAAUUAUUCGGAAAAAGGGCUUGGAUAAAUGUCGUAAAGUGCUAGGGCCAACGUAUUGCGAGGACGUUGGAAUACAUCGCGCGUCAGGUUUUGCCUUCAUAAGUUGUAAUCCCUCGCGUCCUCACUUCAAUCCGGUACUUGGAUUGGGCAAUGCAAACAUGGCGAAGGAAGAUGGGUCGAUAUGGGUGUACGAUUUGAACUCGAACGCGUCACCGAUCCCCCUAACCACGGACUUCAAGAAACCCUUUCAUCCCGUGGGACUGUCGGUUGCACCUUUAGACGUGAACCCGAAUGAGAACGUCACCCCUCAUCUAUUCACGCUCGUGGUGGUUAACCAUAACGACGACAGCAACCGAACCGUGGAGGUGUUUGACUUUCGAAGCGGCACCAACGUUCUCAUUCAUCGUAAAACCAUCUCGUCGCCGCAUAUCUCAAGUCCGAAUCGUGUUGCAGCGGUCACCUACCAACCGAGUGUCGACGGCAUCCCUUCAUUCUUUAUCUCUAAUGAUCAUUAUUUCACUAGUAGCAAGUUGCGCCGUGUCGAGAGGUAUGCCGCAGCAGCCUUCGGGAGUGUCUCGUUUUACAACGCUCGUGCCGACAAAGCGAGGGAAAUUGGAUGGAGGCAUCAGCAUCCUUCGGGCAUAGCGGCUACCGAAGAUGCGAGUCAGGUUUUUGUCACCGAUACUUGGUCGGGAAAGAUUACGGAGUAUCACGCACAUUUCUUCAACAGGGAGAUCCUGGAUGACGAGAUGAACCCAUCAAUGGACGGACAAGUCACCAUAAUUUGGCCACUUUAUCUAACAACCAAUUCCGUGACCAUUGAAGAGGAUAUGUUG